AUUUCCGAUUUAACCGUCAUGGGAACCAGAGCCGUGGCCGUGGGGACGGCACCGGGAGCAGCGGGAGUAUCUGGCGAGGCAGGUUUAGCUGGUGUACCGAGACUUUUGGAAGACCUGGCACGACUGUCCGAGGACAAAGAUACAGCUGACAUCGUCUUUCUGCUGGGACGCGACGAGACGCCGGUGUACGCUCAUAGAAUUAUCCUCCAAGCGAGGUGCAAGAACUUCUCGGGAGCGAAGAGGAUCGGGACACCGGGGAACCCGUCGCCAGUGCGUAUGCCUCACGCGCAUCCGGAGACGUUUCGACAGUUCAUUCAUUAUAUUUACACGGGCAAGAUCAUGCUACAGGACAGCGGUAUCUUCGAGAUGCUCGGACUCGCGCAGGAACUCGGGCUCGAAGAACUUUGGAGAAGUUGCGAAGAACACGUCUCCGCCACUCUUAGUCCCGGGAACGCGUGUGCUCUUUUGACUGCUGCUCUCGAUGCCCAAGAGCGAGUUCUCGGUGGCAAAGGAGCUUGUUCAUCAUUCAUCGAAAGAUGUUUCGCUUUUAUUGGGGAGAACGCAGUAGACACAGUGAAGACAACUGCUUUUUGCAACCUACCAAAAGAUGCACUGGUGAAGCUUAUAUCUUCGGACUAUCUUGGAUUAGAGGAAGAGGAUGUCUGGAGGGCAGUGUUAAACUGGGCUAAAUAUCAGGCAGGGGUGACGCAGCCUACUCAACACUGGACAGAGGAGGAGCGCGUGAGGGUUUGCCAACAUUUAUCCGGGGUGAUAAAUCAUGUCCGGUUGCUGCUAAUCGACAGCCAGGUGUUCGCGGAGGAAGUCGAGCCGACCGGUGCUGUGCCAAUGGAGCUAUCCUUGGAGAGGUACGAAUUUUUCAAUCCCGAUCGAUCAAGUGGCUCAAAACCGAUAAGGUAUAGGUACGCGGCUCUACCGAACAAGUACGCGGAAAUUUGUCAAGACAAGAGGAUGCAGCCGCGGGUGAGCCCGUUUCUUUUCCCUGGAUCGCAAAUUUUGUCGCGGGACAAAAUGGGCUAUCAACGUCUUUUAAAUCAGUGGUACGGAUCACCGAAGCAAAGUUGGCGUUUGGUAUAUCGAGCUUCUAGUCACGGUUACUCUGCGACAUCGUUUCAUCGACACUGCGACGGAGUUUGUCCGACAUACGUAAUCGCACUGGGAACUCGGGGAGAAAUUUGUGGAGGCUUUAGCGACGCACCGUGGGGUAAAACGAAUGCCAAAGGACAUUAUAUCUUUUCGGAAAAAGCAUUUCUGUUUACUUUAACGAACAACCAAGAUGUUCCUCCAACAAAAUUUGAUAUUGUGAAGAAACCUUUCGCGAUCUGCUAUCAUCCAGAUAUUGGACCUAUUUUUGGAGCAGGAGCUGAUCUACUGAUUUCUAGCAAUUGCAACGUGAAUAUGGACAGUUAUAGCAAUCUUCCUCAUAGCUAUGAUGGGGAACGAGCUUCUAACACCGUGCUUAUGGGAGAUUAUCAUUUCUCUAUAGUAGAUUACGAAGUGUUUACACCAAGUCUCCCAGUACUAAAUCACGUCAAGUCCUCCCCUUAACAAUGUAUAAGACUUCAUCAUUUCACAAGCUUGUAUAUAUAUAUAAUUGCAUAUUUUCCUUAAGUAUAGUAAUUUUCAUAUAAUAUUGUGAACAUAACAUCAAAUGGAAAUUUAUAAUUAAACGUGAAAAAGAGUAUGAAAAAUUAUAAGGCAUAUACAAUUCAGA